UACUGUCACUGUCAAGCAGUUCACAGUCACAGCUGAUUUUGAUAUUUCUAUUAAAUUUCAAAAUUCAAUUCACUUCACAAUUCACAUUGGUAAUAAAGUUUUGUAUAGUUAGUUUCGUGAACCGUUGACCUUAUUUACUUAAUUCAAUUAUUUAUUAUGUUGUGAUAUAAUCCACUCUUCUGGUAGAUCUACCACUGUGUUGUGUCAAUAUGUUAGUGAUUUAUCAUAACUCGUGUAACACAGAGUCAGCGAAUUCUAUGCAAAAUUUGUAAUUUUGUACAGCCAUGAGCAGCUUGAGAAGGUGAGAUGUGAUUUGUAUCGAUUCCAUCCACGGGUCAUAUCGCACGCUUGUGGUUGUAGUUUGUUACACAAUAGCAACGACUAUCUUCUUCAAUUCAAAGUCCCUUGUAGUUAACUUGUGAACGGAGUGGUGCUGUGAAUGAUGCACGACUUGUGUCAAUAGAAAUUAAGUUCUUGAGAGACAAGUUUUUGGGAUAGAUGCCCGCCUGGUAUAGACAUUUAUCCUCAAAGUGAAAUAUCCGCGCCUGAGACGAGUCUGAGAUUGAUGCUGUUAUAAAUAAUCAACAACAAUAAUGGCCCGUGUGUGAGUGCGCUAGUGCUAGCGGCGGCGCCCCGGCGGAGCCCUGCGGCGGGCGGCCUGCGCUGAGCGCUCGCAGGUAGGCACAGUCGCGCGCGCGGCCGCCCUGCACGCACACGCAGCGCACGGCGCACGGCGCACGCAGCGCACGCAGUCUCCAGCGACACUCGCCAUGUCGGACGAGCAGCGCGAGCGAUCUCCCUGUCUGGGCGUGCGAGCCGGCGACAUGCGCGUGCUGGGCGGCGACCGGCGCGUGGCGCUGGACGUGCUCAUGAUGGGCUGGGGGCUGGGCACGUGGCUCGGCGUCAACGGCGUGUUCGUGCAGCUGCCGCUGCUGGUGCAGCGCCUGCCCGAGGGCUGGGCGCUGCCGUCCUUCAUGGUGGUGUGCAUCCAGCUGGCCAACGUGGGCGUGCUGGCGUACGCGGCGCUGCGCCGGCUGUUCCCGCGCGCGCCCGACGCGCCCUACGUGUACGGCAUGCUGGGCGUGGGCACGGCGGCGCUGUUCCUCAACGCCUUCCUGCACGAGCGCACGGCGUGGGUGGCGGGCGCCGAGCGCUCCGUGGCCUUCCUGGCGGUCACCUUCUUCACGGGGCUCGUGGGCUGCACCAGCUCCGUGCUGUUCUACCCGUACCUGCGCCACUUCCGCGACGUGUACCUGGCCACGUACCUGGUGGGCGAGGGCCUGAGCGGCCUGCUGCCGGGCCUGCUGUCGCUGGCGCAGGGCUCGGGCGGCGAGCCGCGCUGCGUGUACGCGCCCGACAACGCGUCGGUGACGGCCGUGCCGCCCGAGCCGCGCUUCGACUCGACCGUGUUCCUGGCCGUCGUCGGCUGCCUGUCGGCGCUCAGCCUGGCCAGCUUCGCGCUGCUCAACUCGCUGCCGACGUUCGCCGCGGAGCGCGUGCGGCCGGCCGACGCGGCCAAGCAGGACGAGGCGACGGGCGAGCCGCUGCUGCGCGCGCGCUGGGUCGGCGUCAUGGCGAUGAUGGCGGCGCUCAACGCGUGCAUGAACGGCCUGCUGCCGUCCAUCCAGUCGUACUCGUGCAUGCCGUACGGCGCGCAGACCUACCACCUGGCGGUGACGCUGGGCGCCAUGGCCAACCCGCUGGCGUGCCUGGCGGGCGUGUGGCUGCGGCCGGUGCGCGGGCGCGCGCUGGCGGCGCUGCUGGGCGCGGCGCUGCUGCCGCUGGGCUACGUGCUGGCGACCGCGCUGCUGAGCCCCGCGCCGCCGCUGCAGCACUCGGCGGGCGGGCGCGCGCUGGUGGUGCUGGCGUGGGUGGCGCUGUACGCCGCGCUGUCGUACGCGCGCAUGUGGGUGUACGGCUGGGCGCGGCGCGGCGGCGCGGCCGGCAUGCGCGUGUGCGGCGCCGUCAACCAGGCGGGCUCGGCGCUGGGCUCGCUCACGCUGUUCCUCAUCGUCAACUUCACGGACGUGUUCGUGCAGGCGCCGCAGUGCGCGCUGCCGCCGCUGUAGCCACCGCCGCCGACGCCGCCGCCGCCGCCGCCGCCGCCGCCGCCGGGACUCGGUCAGACGGCCAGUAUUAUCUGUUACUGAGUUACUGUUUAAAUGUUAAGUUAUUAUAGUGCAUUUCGCUCGAUUACUGAAGCACGCCUGCCGCUCGCCCGCGGUCGCAGCGGCGCUCGGAACUCACUCGACGAGUGAAUGCAUAUGGUGCCUCAGUGCCUGUGUGUGAUGUAGUCCCGUGAAAGUAGACAUUCAUUCCUUCCUUCCAUAAAUUCCCACGAAGCUCACAUUUUCUAUGAACGUUAUUAGAAAAUUAGGAACCGUAAUAUUUUUUGGUGAACUCGAAAAAAUUACUCGUAAGUAUCAACAAUAAAUUCUUAAAUUAUUUUAUGACAUUCCUCAGCGCCGCCGGUCUAAACGGAAUUCUUUACACUCACGAAUUGUAGUUUUAAUUUAGUACUUACGUAUAGGUAUCUACUAUUUUGAUAUAAAUAGACAAAAUAACAUUUACCUAAAAACCCAAAUAUUCUUUAAGACUAAAAACUAGAUAUCUUCUUCUUAAUGUACUUAUAGGUACUUACGUGAAUGUAUUAAUCCGGAACUUAGUCUCUUAACAUGUAUUUAUUGCAUUUUCAUCAAAAUAGGGAAAUUCGAAGUGCGAUAGAGCAUUUUAUGGUAAUAAUUGUGAUAUCUAGCAGAUAAACUUAAUACUUACUUUGUAAUUCAUCGUUGUAAAUAAUUGCGUUAUCGGGCUUACACUUGCGAAACACAACACGCGUGAACACUAUGUCCUCAGUCGCACGAGAGUUAAAAAAAGCGAUACGUUAAAUAAAACCCAGCGUUGGCGUCUUAAUUAACGUUCACGUCCUACUUCCAAAACCCAAAAUUUUAAUUGCUCGAUAAAAAAGCGUCGUGUGAAAUGCAUUUGUUGUAUUUAAACGCUUUUUUAACGUCAGUUAAAAAAACUUUCGUGUGAAGGAGGGCUUACUCUCGUGUUCACAUAACUCCGAAUCGAGGACGUUUAAUGGUUCAAAUGGUCUCUAGCAUUCGAUGCCUGUGUCAAGUGUCGGGGCCUUUUGUUGUCUGAUGUCAGUGAUCAGCUGUCACUCGAAAGUGUCCAAUCUGACGUCUACAUGUCUUUUAUUAGCGUCGAUGUCUCCGACUGCAAGUAGAAUUAAUUCGUGUUUGUAUUUAGACAUUUCGCAAGAACGACUGGGGCGACUGAGCGCAGUUCGUGUGGCCUGCGUCGAGCGACACUGUAGUCAGUCCUUUGUGAGGCUCGAUUACGUGGUAGUCCGCAAUUACGUCAAAUGUACGUCGGCGGUCGGCGACUGUACCUGGCCAUUGGCGCGAGGCGCGAGCAGCCAUACGUUCCUUUUGCCUAACGGAAAGAGUUCUCGGGCUCUUUGGGCUUCAUGCGAAUCCACACCAGCACUCUCCGCAGUGUCGCACGGCGUCAACUCGUGCGGGAAUGUAGAGUUAGUUGGCUGUAACAUAGGGACUUUGUAGGUUUUAAUGUUUCUUGUGUAAUCGAGUCCGAGUGAUGAGCCUUCCGAUAUAAGUACAUGUUGUCAGAUUUGCAUAUGAGUCAGAGUGGAGUCGCUCGCAGCGCUCAGCUGUCGCACAGCCAUGCCACUGCCAUUUUAUAGAUAAGCUUACGUGUUGAAAUGAAAUGCCCAAACUGAGCGCGACUGAUGUUUGACAUUUUUUUUUGACUUGUUUUUAUUUGUUUGUUGAUAAUGUUUUACGAGCUCCUCCGUGGCGAUAAACAAAGAUAGUUAGGUAACACUACGUGACAAUAUUUUCAUAUAUGUAAUUAAGUACCUAACUAAUAUAUUAUGAGACUGGUUUUUUGAAACAACUCGAUUACCUUUUAGACGGAUGUAAUUAUAAUGCUGUAUCAUAUUAUGAUUCACGCUGUUAUGUUAUUCUCGUCUGGUGCAGAGUCCGUGCAUGCUGCUGAUCACUGCUCCUACUCGUAUGUCACGGACCGAGUGCAGUUUUUACGCCUCGGCAAUGCAAAUAUUUGUACAGGUAAUAAAAAACAAGGAACUUAUGUCCAUGAUUAUAUUAUAAUGACUGUUUUUGUAACUAACUACUUGUUGACAUUUUGAAAAAUAAAAGUUUGUCUACCUAAUAGGUCAAACAAGAUUUAGUAUUUGAACGACUGGUAUUUUGGUACCUAUUUAGAUCCAUUUGAAUUAUCAUUAUUCUUUGACUUGCUGAAUAAUCCGACCACUCGGUCCUUGACGUACAUUGCCACUUUCCGACAGUGCAGGCUGUCUGUGCUGUGUCUGCGCUGUGCCGACUCCUGCGGGAGCGCGCACGCGACGCACCGCAAGCGUCGCGCGCGCUCCUGAGUUAGAUUGCUGUUGCGUGUUCGGCGCACAAACGAACGUGUAUCGUAUAUUUAACAUUAGGUGUAGAUUCGAAAACAAAUUCCAUGAAAUUUCAUAUUUAUACAAUUUUGUUAUUUUUUAUUUUUACUGUUGUACCUCCUUUUGUACCUCCAACGAGUGUGUGCGAAAGAUCUGACUCUGUGGGGAGUUAUUCCAAGCUUUUCGUGGAAUCCGGCCGCGCACGCUGGUGGGAGGUUAGCUUAAGUUUAGACAAUGUGUUGUGUAAGUGUAACUGUGUAAUGCAACCACUCACCAUCCAAUAAGUUCACGUGCCUGUACCUCACCAAUACUCGGUCAGUUUUAUCGGAUGUCCUGCCGUUUGCGCUGCAAGAUAAUGAGCUUAUUGGAUGGUGAGUGGCUACCAUGAGCUACUCGUAUGUUGAAUGAUGGGGUGUACUGUUUGUGGUGAAUAGAUGUAUGUGCAUAGUUGUUUGAUCGUGUGCAGCUGGCUCGUUGUGAACACGUUUAUGUACUUAGAGUAUUAGUUUAUUGUUUCCACUUGUGCCGCGCCGCGCCUGUGCUGCAGACGGCACGUCCGAACACAUCGUCCAAUCGUGGCGUCGCAGGACCAGCCGCGGCCGCGGGCCGGAGUUUAUACUUGUUGAUGAGUGAGGAAAAUAUAAAUAAAAAAUGUUAUUAAAAAUGUUCAA